CAGUCAGCGUCCCAGUCUCCCAGACACCAACUCCCUUACUCAGUCCCUCCUUUUCUCCCCCAAAUUUCGCAAACCCUAAACUAUCCCCCCCCCCCCCAGGCUAACGUGAUCCAGCUCCCUUGCGAUGGCAACGGCCAUUGCAUGGUCUGCAACGCCAAGCCACUUGCCGAAGAGACCCUGAGUUGCUCCACCUGUGCUGCACCAUGGCAUGUCCCUUGCCUGUUUUCCAAGCCAGAAUCCAUGGCUUCCGUCCUCCAGUGGCAGUGUCCGGACUGCAACUUCGAUGCCCCGGUUGCUGCUCCGGUCUCCUCCGGUAACGAGCUGGUGAACGCGAUCAGAGCGAUUGAGGCUGAUUCGACGCUGACGGAGCAGGAGAAGGCUCGGAAGAGGCAGGAGCUACUCGGCGGGAAGAAGGUUGACCAGGAGGGCGAUGAAGAUGAUGAUAACGAGGAAGAAGGCGGAGGUUCUGGCAAUACAGGGAAAGGGGAGAAGAGUGCUGAGAUGGAUGCGCUGAAACUGCUCGGCGAGAGCUUUAAUUGCUCCUUUUGCAUGCAGCUGCCUGAGAGGCCUGUCACUACACCUUGCGGCCACAACUUCUGCUUGAAAUGCUUCCAGAAAUGGACGGGGCAGCAAAGGAAAACCACCUGUGCCAAGUGUCGUGCCAAUAUACCCCGUAAGAUGGCAGCUCAGCCCCGCAUCAACUCUGCCCUUGUCGCAGCUAUCCGUAUGGCUAGGGUCUCAAAAUCCAUUUCUGAUGGAGCGCCAGCUAAGGUGUAUCAUUUUGUGCACAACCAAAACAGGCCUGACAAAGCUUAUAGGACCGAGAGGGCUAAGAAGACUGGCAAGGCCAAUGCUGCUAGUGGCAAGAUUUUUGUGACGGUGCCUCCGGAUCAUUUGGGUCCUAUCCCUGCUGAGAAUGAUCCAGAGAGAAAUCAGGGUGUUCUUGUAGGGGAGUGCUGGGAGGAUAGAAUGGAAUGCAGGCAAUGGGGUGCCCAUCGUCCUCAUGUUUCGGGUAUCCAUGGGCAAGCUGAGUUCGGGGCACAAUCUGUUGCACUCUCUGGAGGGUAUCAAGAUGAUGAAGAUCACGGUGAAUGGUUUCUGUACACGGGAAGUGGAGGGAGGGAUCUUAGUGGAAACAAGAGGACCAACAAAGACCAGUCGUCCGACCAGAAGUUUGAAGCUGCGAAUCAGUCUCUUAGACUUAGCUGCAUAAAAGGAUAUCCUGUGCGAGUUGUGAGGUAAAGACCUAUCCACCUUUCCAUACACAUCGAUGCCUUUGUGUUUGUUUGAUGCCCCUUCAACUGUUAGCCGCAACUGGCAGGUGUCUCUAUGUUGAAACCAAGAAAUGUGCUUCACAUGUUUGAAGUGAUCAAAGCCACUAUGUCAUGUUGCAGCAGCAUGGUUGAUGGCUAAUUUAGUCUCCCUUAUAAGAUUCCUGGUUUCCCUUUAUAGCGGUGUAAUGUUAACAUUCUACUUGUGAGGAUUCUUUACGUUAUGCUCUAAGGCUAGCUCUUUUCAGUUUGCUAAAUAAUACAGUUCCCAUGAGCAGGUCGCAUAAGGAAAAACGCUCAAAUUACGCGCCAGAGGCUGGAGUACGCUAUGAUGGCAUCUAUAGGGUUGAGAAAUGCUGGAGGAAAGUUGGAAUCCAGGGUUUUCAAGUAUGUAGGUAUUUGUUCAUUAGAUGUGACAAUGAGCCUGCACCAUGGACAAGUGAUGAGCACGGUGACAGGCCUAGACCAUUGCCUAACAUCCCAGAGUUGAAGAAGGCCAAAGAUUUGACGGAGAGGAAAGAUGACCCAGCCUGGGACUUUGACGAAAAAACUAGCCGUUGGACAUGGAAGAAACCUCCACCGCUUAGCAGAAUGAAAGUGGACCCUGCGGAUCCUACUCAGAUCAAGAGGGCAAGGAAAGCUAUUAAGGAGGCACAGACUCAGAGUGUUGCAGAAAGGCUUCUGAAAGAGUUCAACUGCCUCAUCUGUAAGCAAGUGAUGAAGGAGCCAGUCACUACACCGUGCACCCACAACUUCUGCAAGGACUGCCUGGAGAAGAAAUUCCCGAACAAGCAGUUCACCGUGGAGAGAAGCAGAGCAGGCCGUGCUCUGCGUGCUAAGAAGAAUGAGCUGAAUUGCCCUUGUUGCCCAACUGACAUUUCUGACUUCCUCCAGGACAUGAAGAUUAACAGCGAAGUGAUGGCAGUGAUCGAGAAGCUUCAAGCUCAGCUUGAAGAAGCAAAAGCUGUGGCUGUGGCUGCUGCUACUGCUAGUGAAUCUGGGGAGGAGAAUCCUGAAGCAGAAUCAGAAGCAAAAGAUUCAGAAUCUGAGGGACCCAAAAAGAGGCAGAAAGUUGACGGGAGUGAUUCACCCUCCAGCCCUCUUCAUAUUCAAUAGCCUCCCAACAGUGGCUAGUAAUCAGUAAGGAAGAGAAGUGCGCAGUAGAUUCCCAGGAGCAAAAAUGGCCUGAGUUUCAAAUGGAACUGUAAUUUUCCAACCAUGUAUGCUCUCCAUAUUAUGGCAAACUAUAACCAUAAUGACAAUCAAUUAAGGCCCUUCAACAA